GGCAACCCUGAUGGUUGGCGAAGUGAGUGAAACGUGAAAGUGAAACAUUUCUGAACCUAAUAAAAUUAAUGAAGUAUUGAAUUGAAGUGACAAAAUUGACCCAGAGGUAGCAGCCAUUUUAUGUAGUUUAUUUAUUGUGAUUUUCGAAGCGGAAAAUAAGCGUGAUCGUUGUUUCAUCCAAAUUUUCUUACGUAAUUCGAGUUGGGCUGUGACAACCCUAGUUCGAGAGUGAAAUAAAAAAGGGAGGACAACUGAACUGAAGUAGAAAUGAAUAUGAAAAAAGUGUGUUGACAUAGGACAAUUAUUGACAUUUUUGUCCUCCGCUCUUGCAUCCGAGAACCUCCUUGGUGCUUCAGGCGGAGUGUAUAUAGUAAAUUCGGAGCCCUGGAAGGCUUAAAAGUUCAAACCAUGGGCAACAAUGCCGCUACGGCGAACAAAAAGGUCGAUGCAGCUGAGAGCGUCAAGGAAUUUCUGGAUCAAGCAAAGGAGGAUUUCGAAGAAAAAUGGAAAAGAAAUCCGACUAACACGGCCGGCUUAGACGAUUUUGAAAGAAUCAAGACACUUGGGACGGGCUCUUUCGGCCGAGUCAUGAUAGUGCAACACAAACCAACCAAAGAAUAUUAUGCUAUGAAAAUCCUGGACAAACAAAAAGUUGUCAAAUUGAAGCAGGUUGAACAUACACUAAAUGAGAAGCGCAUCUUACAAGCAAUCAGUUUUCCGUUUCUUGUUAGCCUCAAGUUCCAUUUCAAAGACAAUUCCAAUCUUUACAUGGUGUUGGAGUAUGUACCAGGAGGUGAGAUGUUCUCACAUCUCCGCAAAGUUGGAAGGUUCUCAGAGCCUCACUCACGGUUCUAUGCUGCUCAAAUAGUUUUGGCAUUUGAAUACCUCCAUUAUUUAGAUCUGAUUUAUAGAGAUCUGAAGCCUGAGAAUUUACUGAUUGAUUCUCAAGGUUAUCUCAAAGUUACAGACUUUGGGUUUGCAAAGAAAGUCAAGGGGCGCACCUGGACGCUUUGUGGCACUCCUGAAUAUCUGGCACCAGAGAUUAUCCUCAGCAAGGGUUAUAACAAAGCAGUGGAUUGGUGGGCUCUUGGUGUACUUGUUUAUGAAAUGGCAGCUGGUUAUCCUCCUUUCUUUGCUGAUCAACCCAUCCAGAUAUAUGAGAAGAUAGUAUCAGGUAAAGUACGUUUUCCCUCUCACUUUGGCUCAGAUUUAAAAGACCUGUUACGUAAUCUACUGCAAGUUGACUUGACAAAGCGUUAUGGUAACCUCAAAGCUGGGGUUAAUGACAUAAAGGGCCACAAGUGGUUUGCUUCAACUGAUUGGAUAGCAAUAUUCCAAAAGAAAAUUGAGGCCCCUUUUAUACCAAGAUGUAAGGGUCCAGGAGAUACAAGUAAUUUUGAUGAUUAUGAAGAGGAAGCACUUCGCAUAUCCUCAACAGAGAAGUGCACCAAGGAGUUUGCUGAGUUCUGAAUGAUCCAUGUGUUUUGUGUAAGUAGCCUUGCCUCUUUCCCAGGCUAAGACAGUCUGCCAUUGUCCGAGGCUCUUCCAUUGUAUGGUUUAGCGCUUACUUGGUUGGUUUCCCUGCACUGCAAUUGCACUAUAUUAUUAUGGCUGCAGUGAUUAGGAGAAGUAUCAGUAAAUGGAGUCAAAUAGGUAGGAUAAAAUAUGGCCCUCUGUGGGCAUAAUGUGUGAUGGAGUCCUAGUAUGUUUUAUUGUAUUUAUAAUUUGUUAGUCAUUGUUGUAUAUAUUGUAUGAUAGCCGGUUUUAGAAUUUUUCACUAUUUACAUUAAAUAGUGUGCAAAUCAAUUUUAUUUUUUGUAUCAGUGCAGAGGUUACCAAUCUGAAAGUAUACAGUUAACAUUACUUAGUAUGAUACAAUCUUGUUAUAGUAAGAGAAUAUUAGGAAAAGACGUUAGGCUAUUAUACAGCUGCCUCAAAGAGCUUCAACUUCCAGUAUAUUUUUUGGGUAGGUGAAUUCCAAUAGUCUAGCCACCUUCUAAUUUGCUAGUUUGUAGAUAAUCAGGGUGUGGAAUACAAAUCACAGUCAAGUCACAGUGAACAAUUAUUAUUUUUAAUGUGGUUUCAUGCAGCUUCCAUUUCUAAUCAUUUACCAUUAUUAGUUUCAUAUAUUUUGUGAUGGAUAUGAUUUUUCAUUUUCAUCAAAGGGAAAAUGUAACUCAUGAAAAUUCCGAGGAAAAUUCCUUGGUGGGUAUUUGUUGGGAAGGGAUUCCUUGAAAUUCUUUUGAAAUAUAAUAAUGUGGAGAUCUUAGGAAUCUAUGGUAAUCCCAAAAAUUCCUGAACUACUAUUCUCAUGCCAUACCUAAUGCAAAAAGUGCUUUGGGGGGAUUUGAUAGAAUAUAAUUUCAAUUGUGCAAUAUGUGUGUUCAUAAACUAUCAGCAUGGCAGUGACAAGGGCAGUGGGUUAUGAUGUUAU